AUGGACAUCUUUUCGCUCCCCGGCCUGGGGAUGUGCAUCCUCAUCGUGCUGUGGGUGAUGUGGGGGCCACGCAAGUGGCUCCGUGUUAUGGCAACUGUCGUCGCCGUCGCUGCGGUGACACUGUUCGUUGGCUCUGCCGUGUGGGCCAACAUCCACAAACUGGUAGCCUGCGGUGGCUACGGAUUCGCAAUCUGGGGCAUUUGGUCUCUCGUCAGUGGGUGGUGGGCAGCGCUGCCCACGCCCGUAGCUGUGCCUCCUCCAGCAACCAGCGCUGAUUUGGUCCCGCUCGAGGAUUUCAAGGCGUUGGAGGUACAGCUGCUGGCGAGGGACCAAGAAAUUGCUCGCUUGCAGAAAGACCGGGACACGAAGAUCAGCCAGCUCAACGAGACAAUUCGCCUCUACCAGAAGGGGGUUUUGUCGGGGCCUGGACAGCUGCGUGAUCUCGAGGAUCAGAAGCAGGCUGCAGAAAGAAAAGCACGCCACCUGGCAUACAAGGUGGACGUGUUGGAGGAACAAGUGAAGUCACUUGAGAAGGAGGGCGAGGUCCUGAAGGCCCGGAUCCCUAAUGCACGUGCUCGAUGGGAGCAUCCUGUCAAGUCGGGCGUCUCCAAGCAGGGAGGUCGCCACUCAACCAAGGGGACAUUGUCCCACAACAACAAAGUCGCCAUGGUUGACAGCAUGUGGAGCGGCAAGUAUUCCGCAAUCCGGGAGAAGGGCCUGAAGGAUCUCAACCUCGUGGAGGAACGUGUUCAGGAGUUGGAGGCCGUCAACAAGGGCCUGCGCAACACCAACGCCGCUCUCAAGAGCGAAGUCGAUGAAAACGUCUCUCUCCGCUGGUACCAGGAAGGGGUACUUCAGAAGGCACAGGCCGGUAACCGAGAGAAGGACCGCCUGAUUCAACAGAUGCGUGCUGCUCGUCAGCAAAACAUGGGUUUGACCAACCAAGUCGGUGGCCGAGAGCUCCACCGCGAGACUGAGGCAGCCGCCAUCACUCACGCUCACCAGAAUGAGAUUGAUGGCACUCGUCUUGCUUUGGAGAAGGCACACAAAUCGGCACUGGCAAGCCAAGCAUGUGAACAUGAGCAGAAGGAGAAGGAAAUAAUUCGGAAAUUCGAGGCGGAAAUUGCAGCGGUCACCCGAAACUUCGAGGCUCAGAACCAGCUUAUGCAGGCCAAGCUUGGCGAAAAGCAGGCCCAGGGUUCUGAUGUCCAGUCGGAAUUGGAGGAAAUGACCCGCAAGUACCAAUCACAGACCCUUGAAUCGAACAACGACCUGGCAAUCGAAGCCCGCAAGCAUGAAAUGGAGAACAUCACUCUUCGUGCCAAGGUGGCAGAACUGGUGGAAGCUGCAGAUUCCACCAAGCUUCUUUGCACACAGCACGAGAGCCUCCUCAAGCAAGUGCAGGCCGAGAACCAAGAACUCCGGGAGAAUGGCACGGGCGACAAGACUGCCGAACAAAUCCAAAUGCUGACCCGUCACCACAAUGAGCAACUGGAGAGCCACGUCCGGGAAGCCCGCAAGCAGGGCAAGGAGAUUGCCCGUCUUCGUCUACAGAUGGACUCGAUGAGUGAAGCGAUGGCUGAUGACAUGGUUUCUUCCUCCAAGCAGUCCUCCAACCAGGAGGAACUGAUCAAGAAGCUACGAGCCGAGAACGCAAACCUUCGUGACCAAGUCGAGAUGGGCACAGUUGACGAAAUGGCGGAGAUGGACAUGCUGAAGGCGGAAGUGGCCGAGUUGAACGACAAACUCAAGGCUGCGCAGAAGGGACAAGGCAUUGCCAAGUCCGGACCUGGAGGAAUCACCAAGGCCAAGCCUAGGGAGGGAUCGCGCUUCGAUUCCCGUGCUGGCCGUGCGGUGGCCGAGAGCUUCCACCGGAACCUGGAGGCAAUGAAAGAGAAGCGGAAGUCUUCGUUGGAUGCGGACAGACUUGCCAAGUGCUGUGAGAACUUGAAAUUAUAG